AUGGCACCCCGACUGCCAGCCCGCUGGGCAGCGGCCCUGUCGACGACGAGCACGUCAACCAUCAUCCCAUCCCGAUCCCUCCUCAUCACCGAACGACACACGCUCCUCCCACGCACAGCCAAGCGCGGCGUCAAGUACGGCUGGUCGACCGCCAACCCGCGCGACAAGCCGAACCGAUUCAACCAACCAUCGGCCGGCCUGCCCAUCCCAACAGCCGGGCCCGCGGCGGCGCUGAAGCGCAAGGAGCAGUCGACGCCGUUCCGGACGGGGAUCCUAGCGACCAAGAAGGGCGUGUCGGCCAUGUUCAACGCGAAGGGGAUGCGGAUCCCGUGCACGAUCCUGCAGAUGGACCAGUGCCAGGUGGUGGCGUCCAAGACGCGCGGCGGCAACGGCUACUGGGCGGUGCAGGUCGGGUGCGGGCACAAGACGGCGGGCAACGUGACGGCGCCGCUGCUGGGCUACUACGAGGCCAAGGGUGUGGCGCCCAAGCGGCACCUGGCCGAGUUCAAGGUGCGCGGCGAGGAGGGCCUGCUGCCCGUCGGCGUCCAGCUGCAGCCCGACUGGUUCAAGGUCGGCCAGUUCGUCGACGCCCGCAGCAACAGCCGCGGCAUGGGCUUCGCCGGUGGCAUGAAGCGCCACGGCUUCGCCGGCCAGGGCGCCAGCCACGGUAACUCCAAGAACCACCGGACCAUCGGAACGGCGGGCCCCAGUCAGGGCGGCGGUUCGCGUGUGCACCCCGGCAAGAAGAUGCCGGGACGCAUGGGCAACGAGAGGGUCACGAUCCAGAACCUGCGGGUGCUGAAGGUGGACAACGAGACGGGCAUCGUCGUGGUCAACGGCCACGUCGCUGGGCCCAAGGGCUGCAUCGUCCAGAUCGCCGACGCCAUCAAGAAGGAUCCCCCGGCCGAGACGUUCAUGGAGAAGGCGAAGAGGCUGCUGCUGGAGCGGAAUCCGGACCACGAGGCACGGUUGGAGGAGGCGCGGGUGGCGCAUAUGGAGCUGAAGGAGAUGAGGAAGCAAGGCACGAUAGGACAGGCGGUGGCUUUGAUGUAG